CUCCAUGUCGAACGAAGACUCUCUUCCGGCAUUCUCCUUCUUCGGUUUGGAUGAUGUCGAAAACUAUGGUCUGGUCAGUGAAGCUGACAAUUCGUUACCUUUAGACAUACACAAUCAAGUUUUUCAACUUGUAGAGAAGGGAAACCAAGCAUUCAAAGAAUCUCGCUUUGAAGAGGCGAUUAGCAGUUAUUCAAAAGCCAAUUCUAUUAAGCAUCUUGACCCUAUUGUUCUUGGCAAUAGAAGUGCUGCUUAUAUAAGAUUUGGCCAAUAUUUGAAGCAGAGAUCUGCAUCAAUUUCUGAAUAUAGACCUCUGAAUGGUUUUGAUAUGUCGAUGCUUGGGGAACUUGCUCUUAAGGAUGCUGAUAAGCUAAUGAAUCUUCAGAGCAGUUCUGUGAAGUCAUAUACUACAAAGGCUUGUGCCCUCAUGUUGCUAGAAAGAUAUGAGGUUGCACGAGACACUAUCCUCUCAGGUCUACAGAUUGAUCCCUUUAGCGAUCCUCUCCGGUCCAAUCUUCAGGAACUGGAGAAGGUUGUGCCUACUUCGAUGAGAAAGACCCAUGUAAAGGCUGAGCGGUCUGAUGACUUUGAUUGCACUGUUUGUCUGAAAUUGCUGUAUGAACCUGCUACAACGCCAUGUGGGCAUACAUUCUGCCGAUCAUGUCUCUUUCAGUCGAUGGAUCGCGGGAACAAAUGUCCACUAUGUCGAACUGUCAUUUUUAUGACUCCAAGAACAUGCGCUGUCAGUGUGACAUUGAAUAACAUCAUACAAAAAAACUUUCCAGAGGAGUAUGCUGAAAGAAAAUCUGAGCAAGACACUCUGGUUCACUUAGGCAAUGAGAGUAUGCCUCUUUUUGUCAUGGAUGUGAUCAUCCCCUGUCAGAAGUUGUCUCUUCACAUAUUCGAACCGCGAUAUCGGCUUAUGGUGAGAAGAAUUAUGGAGGGAAAUCAUCGGAUGGGAAUGGUAGCUCUUGAUUCUGCGACAGGUUCUCCAGUGGAUGUUGCUUGCGAAGUUGAAAUCACAGAGUGUGAUCCUCUGCCGGAUGGACGUUUUGUCCUGGAGCUGGAAAGCCAUAGAAGGUGUCGCAUUCUGCGGGAACUGACGACUAGUGCAGCAUCAUUUGCUCGGUCAUGGCUAGAGAGAGCAAAGGAAGCAGCUAGACAGGGAGACAGAAGAAGACUUGAAGUACUUUUAAAUGUUGAAUCUAUGAUACCUACACCUCAAGAUCCCGAACGCUUCAGUUUCUGGCUUGCUACAUUGACAGAUAGGAGACCUUCAGAAAGAUUGGAACUACUUCGGCUUCAAGAUACUGGAGAGAGAAUAAGGCGCGGGUUGAUAUAUCUUCGAUCAGUAGAGCGAGGAUGCAGAAUGCAA